UGUGGCCCCUGCCCGGGAAAAUGGCGGCGCCGGGGCGGGCGGCGGGAGCGGUGUAGCGCGCGGUGCCACCCCGCCAUGGCGGACCUGGGCCGGCAGCUGCACGAGUACCUCGCGCAGUCCAAGGCUGCUGCCGCCGCCAGCGCUCCCGGCGCGGCGCCCGCCCCGCCGGCGGCCGGCGGCUCGCAGGAGGAGGCGGGGGACGGCGGCGGGCUGCGGGCCUGGCUGGGCGCGCUGAGCCCGUUCCCGCCGGGCAGUGCCCCGGGCGCCACGGUGUGGCCUUGGGCGGGCGAGGAGGACCCGUGGCUGGCGGGGCUGUCGCGCUGGCAGCGGCUGGCGGGCAGCGGGCUCUGCGUGCUUCUGGCCGCGCUGUGCUUCGGGCUGGCGGGGCUGUGCGCGCCGCUGCUGCUGCUGCGCGCCCGCAAGUUCGCGCUGCUCUGGUCGCUGGGCUCGCUGUGCGCGCUGGGCGCCGCCGCGCUGCUGCGCGGGCCCGCGCUGCCUCUGUGAGCCCGCCGCUGCCUCUGGGAGCCCGGCGCGGCCCCGCGGGAGCGCCUCGCACACGGGGCCGGAGCCUGGCGCUGUCGCCGGCCGGCUCCCAGGGCGGGCACGCCGCUUCUCUUCUCCGCGGCCCGGCGCGUUCUCCUCGCCACGCUGGAGCA